AUGAAGGUGAUUGAAAAGUGCAAGCUGAUUUCUAAAUUAAUUGACUGCUGGAAGCACAACUCCGACACAGAAUCAGCUGAAAAAGGUCGUCGUCUCGGUUAUAUGGGACAUUUAAUAAAAAUAUUCAAACAUAUUGCGAAUAGUAUAUCAGAAUCUGAACAUAUCGGUGCCUUAAUUGAGAGUAAUUUACGUGAUGAGUUUGAGCUAAAAUUGUGGCAAUCAAUAAUAAACCCAACCGAUGGUGAUCUUACAAAGGCCUUAGCCACACAAAGCAAAAUGUUAGCGAAUUGUAACGCCCACGAAGCGGGUGACUAUAGUCAACAUUUACCAAAAGAUUUUCUGGGUGAUAAUUCUACUUGGGACUAUGUAAUGUCAUCGAAUGUGAUGUCAACGAAUAUGAUCAAUAAUCUUGGCUUCAGCGACCCAGGCUCAAACGACAUAGUUUUUGCGCUUGAACAUGACAUCUAUCGCAAUAAUCUGCUCGAAAACGAUGAUAACGCCGAAAACGACCUUAAUUUGUUUCAGUUUGGUCGCAAUAUCGACGACGAUGAUGACGACGACGAUGAAAACAACGCUGGCGGAGAUGGCAGCGGUGUUGUCGGCGGCGGUGGCAGCAGUUCUUCGCUUUUCGGCAAGAAUGCCGUUUCAACAUCCGCACUACAAGCAUUCGGCGUAACUAAUAAUCCAUGGGACCACAUGGAUCCUUUCAGUGAUCUAACUGCAAAUAGCAAUUCAACACCUUGGGCAGCUGAUUUCAAUACGGAUAAUUUUGCUGAUUUCGAUUCGCAUUUCAGUUCAUUCACCAAUGAUUUGGGUGAGAGUUUAGUUAGUGCAGCAACCAUUAGCACAACACCUGGCACAACAUCGCCGCCUAAAGAGAAUAGUAACAACGAUGAUGAUGCUAGCAAUAAUGGGGGAAGCAGUGACGGCAAUCAAUUGCAGCCAAAUGCGACAGACAACGGCACAACGCUGAGUGCGAUUGGUCGGAUUGCGGCUUCAACUAUAACAAGCGAUGACGACAAAUCCGAAACAGGCUACGAUGAUAAUGCAAAUGUUGAGAAAAGUGUAACGCUGGAAACGCAAGAAAUUGGCGAAUUCGCUGAUGGUACAGAUGCAGCAGACGAUUUGGAUGUCUCGAAUGAGAAGGCGUUGGCCACUUCGCUGGUGCGUACACUGCAAUCGGUUAUGCAGGAUUCAGAGGAUGACUAUGAGGAUGAUGAAGGCAUGUGGACGAAACCGUUAGGCGGCAGCGCGGUGGAUGCGCACGAUGACGAUGAAAGUGACGAAGGCGAACCUAAAUCCGACAAUGAACUGCGUUUCACCAAUGGCCCAAGUAGCAAAGAUCUUCAAGAAAACGAAAAUUCACAUAAAUUAAACAAAACUGAUGAUGAUGACUCCAGCACAAUUGCAACGGCGCAUAUCAACGAUAUUGAAGUUAGUGAAAAUAUUAAAGGUGCCGCUGCUGCUGCGGCUGGAGGCGACAUAAAACGCACAAACAGUUCCACAUCGCUGAAUGCGGGCACCAGCAAUGAUGUGGCAGCGGGUUGCAAUACCGCAGCGGUGCCCAAUGCAACUGCAACAACGACAACACCGGCCAGUAAUGCUGUUGAAAUUGUGCCAACAACAACCUAAAUGAAAUUGUGCUGGCACAUAAAAACUAAUGCAAUGCAAGAAAUGCAUGCAUACAUACAUGCAUACAUACAUACAUAUGUACAUACCUAUGUACAAACAUGCGCAUGAAUGUAUGUAGUAUGUAAUACGUAUCCACUUACAUACCUAUAAGUAUAUACAAAUGUAUAUGUAAGUAUAAUAAAUGAAAACGCUCAAAGACACGCAAUCACACUGCAAAAUGUAAAAGAAAAACUUCUUUUGACGCGCAAAAAAAAAAAAAAAAGCGUCAUGCCAAAGGUUGAGGUACCGCCCAUGUAUAAACUUAAAUACUAUGUACUAUUUAGUAAUAAAUCAACUAAUAUGCAUACGAUACAUUCAUACAUAUAAACAUAAUCAAGUACAAGCACGCAAAAGUACUACCACAUUGCCGCUACACACCAGAGGUAUUCUUAAAAAAAAAAAAACAAAAACGAAAAUUUGUCACACAUACUACUUAUAUAUACACCCCAAAACAAAAAAAAAACACAAAAAAAAAAAACUUAGCCAUUUGUGUAUAAUCUGGAAUUUAAGUAUAUAAAAAAUAUAUACAUACAUGCAUGCAUACAGAUGUAUAUGUAUAUGUAAUAGUGUACUUAGGAAAGGAGAAAGAAGUAUAAGAGCGCUUGUUGCAACAAUUUGGUGCAGCAGGAAACGCACUUGUUGCAAGCACACAAAGUUUUUUCAAGCAGAUAACAGACACACCCACACACACACAGCGAUAGUGCAGCACUGCAUUGCACUUUGCGGUAAGCUCCUCGUUUGAAACGUUUGUAUGUUUGAAAUAUGGAAAAACAAUGUUUGUAAAAUAUAAAAAAAAAAUGUUAUGGAAUUAUUGGAAAAAGCGCACUAACGAUUUUGUAUUGAAAAAACAAUAAAAUAAAAUAAAAAUUAUAAAAAUAAAACAAAAAACAAUAUCAAAAUUAUAAUUUAAAACAUUUACGAAAAAUUAAUAGUGCAAGUAUGCUAAUCUUUUAUAUUAUUUGCAUUAAUUUAACUUUGUAUGUAAGUUUUUGUGCAGUGUUGAAAUUAGCAAGUGUACGAAUGUGACCCAAUCAUGAUGAUGAUCAAAGUACCUUUUGAACUAAUUUUGCCGUCAAAGUGUGAAAUUGAAAUUUUACUUCCCCUAGCGCACACGCACCAAGCGCUUUUUGUGUCACUUUUUGGCGAUCAAUUUCGAAAAUAGAACUUGCAUAGGCUGACUGCAACAUAAGGCAUGCCAAUCCGAGUAACGACAAAGGGUGUAUGCAGGUGUAAACUUGUGUUGAAAGUGCUUAAAUAUAUAAUUUUACAGAAAAUAAGUUGAAAAUUCAUCUGUCACAGACUAAAACAAUAACUGAAAUUACUAUUGGCUA